AUGACUUGUCACGUUCCUGGUUGCGUAGGAAAUAAGAAAACAGUAAGAUUACAUGAUUUUCCAACAAGGAAUGACAAGAUGUAUGAGAUUUGGAUUAGGCGAGUGAAUAAUCCAAAAUUGGAUGAUGUGGAGAUUAAAAAAAUGCGAAUAAGUCGAUUUGUUUCCGACAAUCAUUUUGCAGAUUGUUGCAAAACACAGCCACAAAAGAAAAAUAUGACAAAUCUUAAAGUUAACGCGUUGCCAACUUUAAAUAUGCCUGAACAUUGUUUGAGCACAAAUAACAUUUCCACUCAGGCGGAAAGUUAUACUUCGGAAAGCUUGCCACAAAAUAACAAUAAGGAACGUUCUGCAAGUUUUGAUAAAGUUGUAGCAAAUAACGAAUUUGUGUCCAAUACAAUGGAAAAUCAGGGACAUGUCGCGCCAACACGUAAUACAGGUUUUGAAGAGCUUGCUAAUGGAUUUGCUGACCACGCACUGGUGUUUAUGAUUAAGGGUUUAAAGAACAAGUGGAAAUGGCCAGUUGCUUUUUAUUUUUCUGAUGGUGGUGUGAAUAAUUUCAAUUUGAAAUGCUGCAUUGAAGAAGUAGUGAAAAAAUUACUUAGUAUUGAUUUAAAAAUUGUGGCAACAGUUUGCAAUCAAUACCCCGCAAAUCGCAAAGCUGUUAGCAUGCUUAUAAAUGAGACAAAUAAACGUUAUGGUAGAAAUAAUGAUGAUAAAAGAUUAGAAUUCGAAAUAAACGGGCAUCCAAUAGCUCCUUUGUUUGAUCCUCCUCAUAUGUUGAAGUGUAUGAUGAAUAACUUUGCAAAAUGUAAUGUUAAAUGUACCAGCACAAAGGGGGUACAACUCGAAGCUGCUUGGAGUGAUAUUCUGAGUUUUUAUGAGUAUGACUCUAAGUUAAGCAUAUAUCGAUGUUGUCCCACUUUAACCGCUCAACAUAUUUAUCAAAAAUGUUGGAAAGUCAUGAAGGUAUCAUUAGCGACACAAGUGUUCUCAAAGCGUGUAGCCAUUGGACUUCAAAAUUCAUAUUUUACGAGGUUAGAUGCUUCGGCAACUGCCUAUGGCACUAGUGAAUUUUUGAAGUUCAUGGACUGCUUGUUUGACAGCGUUAACGGACUAUCAAUAAGUCCAAAAACGGGGAACUCCGAUGCGCUAUAA